AUACAAGUUAAUUCAAAUUUUAAAACGUGCACGAAUAAUACAAUUGUGCUUUAUAUUAUAAUAUAUUAUAAUAUAUAUAAUAUAUAUAAUAUAUAUAAUAUAUAUAAUAUAUAUAAUAUAUUUAUUACGUAUUUUGAGAUUAAUAUAUAAAAAUUAACACAGUAUUUUUUAAUAUAUAAGUUUAAAUAGUGUGCUGUAUACGUAUAGAAAAAAGAUUAUCGUAUUUAAAUUACUUUAUACUUUAAAUCAUUGCUUAUUAUUUAUUGUAUAUAUAUUUUAAAAAUAAGAAUGGAUUAUGAAAAAUAUUACGAUCGGAGAGGAGAUGGAAGUUAUGUUAUACAUUUUCCUAAUAACAAAGGAUUAACUAUGAAAGAGGUUAACACUAUAUUUUCCUCAUUUGGUAAAGUUUUAUCCGCAGAUGAUCGUGGACAACCUAAUGGAUUAUGUUUUGUAAAAUUAGAAACAGCUGAAGAUGCAAAACAAUGUAUUGAAGCUUUUAAGAAUCAUAAAUUUAUUAAAAUUUUACCACACAUAACUAAAAAAUUUGUUAAUGUAAAAAGAAAAUCAUACAAUGAAAAUAAGAAAACAUUUAAACAAAAUUUUACUGUAAAUAAUUCAGAUAACAACAUCAAAAACAACAACAACAUCAAUAACAAUGAUUUAUUUGCAAAAAAGAUUCAAGAAAAAUGCAAUCAGUCUGAUUCUAAUAUAUCAGAAUCGAUAUCUAUAAAAGAUAAUUUUAAUAGUGAUAUAAAAAUUGAAGAAAAUAAAAAAUCUACAUCGAUAUCAUCUUUAAGGCAUUUUUUAAAACUUAAAAAUUUACGAAGAGUUGUAUCAAGUACUUCAAUUUCAUCAGAAGCUACUAAUGAAAAUUUGAAUAGAUUGGAAGAAAUUCCGUUUAAUGAAACAGAAAUUCCAUCAUUGGUAUCUAUUGACAAAAAAUAUAAAUCACCCAAUAUUAAAGUUCCUUCAUCAUCCACAAAGGUUAUUCCGGCACAAGAAGUAAUUGUAGCUAAUAUACAUCCAAAUAUAAGUAUACAUUAUAUAUUACAUCUUUUUGAAAAAUAUAAUCCAAUAUCAGUAUCACUUAUGAUGACAGCACCAAAUACUAGAAUAUUAUAUUGUCAUGUUUAUUUUAAAACAUAUGAGGAAGCAUAUUCAACAAUGAAAGAAUUUGAUAAAUAUUCUCUACAUGGAAAAUACCUUAUUGUUUUGACAUCUGAGAAAUUAAUAGAAGAAGCACUUUAAUGAUAAACAUAUAUAUAUAUAAAUAUAUAUAUAUAUUUUUUUUUUUUUGAUUUUACGAUUAUUACAAUCAUUUAAUAAAUAUUGAAAUAAAUUUACAAUAUUAUUUUUGUAUUAUACAAAUAUAUAUGAAUUAUUAUUUUCUUUGAUAUUUUUUUUAGUAUUUCUUUAGUAUUCAUAACUAAUAAUAAUUUUUUAAAUCACAUUAAAUCACGAAACAAUAUCAAUAUAAUAUAUAAAAUAUUAAUAGUUUUUGUAUGCUUGCAUAAAAAUAUUCUUUACAAUUUAAGUUAUUCAUUAUUUGUAUAAUUCACAAAUGUAAAUAAUUUAUUUACAAUAAUGUUAUUUUUUGUAUAAAAUUUACAAAAUUUAUGUAUUUUUUUAUAAUAAAAAUUUUAUAACGUA